AUGGAUUACUGUUCUAUUGCACUUCUGAUGACCUUUUCAAUCGAUGGAAUGAUUCAUCCCACAACAACAGAAGGUUUCUUGGAUGAUCAUCCAGAUUCUUAUUGGCUGGUAGCGGAUGUGCUAGGCAUCGAGUGGCGAAAAGGAUGCUUAACAACUGCCGGUUGCGCGGAACCAAAAUUUCAAGUAAUCAAAAUCAAUACUGCCAACAAUGAAGCUAACUUAAUUAGCUGGCCUGUUACACUUAAAUUAGCUGAGGAAACUUCACGCUUAUUCAUAUCGCAUUGGAUAUCAAGAAGUGUUGGCGAUAUUACCUUGAAAUGUGAAGUGGCUGGCUUAGAUCCUACAUACGGAUUCCCGAGGAUAUGCGACACUACUCCUUCCAAACGAAUUGUUGAUGACCAAAACGAUUAUCAAUCAUCAACGAAGCAAUAUUCAAGUAAUGGGAAACUUGUCUUAGAGGUGAAAGGGAAAUGUUUCAAUGCAUCACUUACUCUACAGAAAUACGAUCGUUGUCCGACUUGUCUGGAACAUCGUAUUGCCGUUGUUGAGCAGUACACUGAUCCAGAAACGAGCAACGAUCUCCUUUAUCCUCUUGACGGCAGCAGUUGGUUUCUGUAUGCGGUAUUGGUCUUGUCAGCACUUACAGUUAUUUUAACAACAGCAUUUGCUUGUUUAUUGAUUGCUUUUCUGCAUCAGAAACAUCAAUUAAACGUGUCCACGUCUAAAAAACUCUUACGUUCGGAACUACCAAAUAUCACACAUCCGUUACGCACCUAUGAGGAUGACUUAAGAUAUAGAUACGAUGAACUGUGGGAACAGGUACCAACAAUACACCGACAGUUGUCAUAUCGAAGUUUCAAAAACAAAAAUAAUUUCAGACCAGUGCCUCCUUCACUUAUGGAUCCUAUAACAGAUGCGAUGGCAUCAGCCCAGUCGAAUUGUCGGAAAACUUCACCAAGUUCUUCUUUUAGAACUGGACCACAUGAUAGUGGCUUAAAUCUGCCUAAUAUAUUUCCGUAA